AUGGUUCGGGCUUUGAUGUCAGUGAAAACGCCCUAUGCUUCUAUUAUAAGGCCAUCGUCUAAUGCCAACGAUAUACGAUAUCGAGAUGAUGACUUCUACCGCGACAACCACAUCCUGAUCAAGACGGGCACUAAGGUUGGUGCGAUUGACACCAAAAGGCAUAGCGUCGCUAUGUCCACCGGGAAAAGGUGGCGAUACAGCAAGCUUGUGUUAGCUCUCGGCGUUGUACCAAAAAAGCUACGAGUUCCAGGAGCGGACCUCAAGAACAUCUACACUCUUCGUGUUGCUCAUGAAGCCAACGAAAUCGCUGAACAUGCUAAAGGAAAGCGGGUAGUCUGUAUAGGAGGAUCUUUGUUAGCAAUGGAAAUAGCAGCUACACUGAGCUGCAGCUUUGAUUCUUCGGUUACGGUCGUGUGUGAAAAGGAAGAGCCUCUGCCCUCUCUGGGAGCGGAUAUCGGUGCCGCCGUCAGGAAGGCAAGUGGGAAUUUGAAAAUCCAGCGUGUUGCGCAUUUGUUUUCUGAUGGACUUGACCUCUUCUAUCCUCUUGGUUGGAUUCCAAUCUUCUUACUGCUUCAGCGUUUUCAAGAGAGAGGAGUCGACGUGUUGGUGAAUAAGACCGCAAUGUCUUUCACAGGACAAGAUGCAGUGAGCGGGGUGGUGUUAAAGUCUGGUGAAACCCUGCCAGCAGACGUAGUUGUGGUUGCAGUUGGUGUGCAACCUCCAACGGAUUGGCUAAGAGGCACUAAUGUGGAAUUGGACGAAGACGGCUUCAUCAAGGUUGACUGCAACUUCAAGACAACCGCCAACAACGUGUACGCGAUUGGAGACGUUGUCAGCGCCCCUCUGCCUCUAUGGAACAUUGAUUCUAUCAAUAUUCAGCACUUGCAAACGGCGCAGACUCAUGGGUCCAGAUUACGAACACUUAGUACUGGCCUCAAUCUAUGA